AUGUUAUAAAAUGGAGUGAGAAUAUUGUGACCUAAAAUUUGUUAAGAUUUUGUGUUUGGUUUUGGGUUUGUUUUACGGCUUUGUGCAACAAGCCAACAAUGAAUCCGGCAACCUCGUCUACUUGAAUUCACCCUUUUGUCCCUAGAAACUAUGGAAGCAAGUUUGAUCCGAUGCUCCAAUUUCCCUUUCUACAAAUUGAAUCCGCCCAAAUUCCAACAUAUACUUCUGCAGACCAUCAAAAAAUCCCAUCUUUCCUCAAGGUCUCUUCAUACUGAUAAUGGAAGGUCAAUGAAGAAGAAAGCAUAUGAUGGAUUGUUGUUAGAUGCUGGUGGUACCCUUUUGCAACUCUCUGAGCCUGUCGAACAAACCUAUGCUAAAAUUGGCUUGAAAUAUGGGUUAAGUGCAACUGCACCUGAAAUUAGGCAAGGAUUUAAGAGAGCCUUUUCUGCUCCGUGGCCUGAGAAACUUCGCUACCAGGGUGAUGGGAGACCAUUCUGGAAACUAGUUGUUUCCGAAGCUACUGGUUGUGCUGAUGAUGACUACUUUGAUGAAGUUUAUAAGUACUAUGCAAAUGGUAAUGCAUGGCAUCUUCCAGAUGGUGCCCAUGAGACAUUGUUAUGCCUAAAAAAUGCUGGAGUUAAGCUGGCUGUUGUAUCAAACUUUGACACUCGAUUAAGGAAGCUAUUGAAGGAACUCGAUGUUUUAGAUUUGUUUCAUGCUGUGUUGGUGUCAUCUGAGGUCGGAUUUGAAAAACCAGAUGCUCAGAUAUUCAAAAGAGCUCUAGACGAGAUUGGUGUUGAUGCUCACAAAGCUGUUCAUGUUGGGGACGACGAACAGGCGGACAAGAAUGGAGCUAAUGCAGUUGGAAUUGAUUGUUGGUUAUGGGGAAAGGACGUCAAGUCAUUUUCACAAAUACAAGAUCGUAUCCUUGUGCUGGACCAAUAGUUCUCAAAACACGGAUCGACAAUUGUGCUGUAUAGAUUGUCGGAUCUUGAAUCAGAUAAGCCUCGUGCAAUUAUACCACACCAAUAUUAGGAUUUAGCUACUACAACUGAUUCCAUCCAAUCUUCACUGUUUUUUUCAUUGUCAGUCUAAAAAGUGUCGCACAGAAAAUUCGCUUCGAGUUAGUAGCGUUCUUAAUAAAACUGCUUAAGAGUUGGAUAGCUCAUAGCUACGAAUGUUAGCCUGUCUAUGUUGCCGAGAUGAGGUAUUGCAAUUAACAACCUACCUUACAUGGAAUGCUCUUUGCCAAUUCAUAUUUUCAGAAAGCCAAAUUGUAUUCUAUACUCUUAUAGUCUUGUUUUGGGUUUUUAGUGUUGAGUAUUAACUCUAACCAGCUAAAUGUUGAUUAAUUCAAUUGUACUAGUCCUUUUUGUUUCUUAAAUCAGAAUUUUGAGGUCACC